CAUUCAAACCAAAUUCAACAUCUACCACAUUUAUAACACUACAAAUUUUGAUCUCUCUUUUUCUCCAAAUAUGUCUAAAACAAGUUUCAAAGAAAAUGUAAGAAGACAAGCUUUGGAGAGGAACACAAGUUUCAAAGAUACACAAAAAAUAUUGAACCAAAGUUUUUUCCAUAAUAAAAACUUUAAAAAAGUGUACCCUAUUGGGCUUCAAAAGAGCACUUCUUCACUAUCUUUAUCUUCAGUUUCAUUAUCUUUGUCACAAAACUCAAAUGACUCUUCUCAAGCUGAUUCUUUGACUCCAUUGGAUGAAAAGAUUUCAUUGGCACUUCGUUUGAUUUCGUCGUCAUCACAUGAAAGAAGAGAAUGUGUACCUAAAGCUAUACAUCAACCAAGUCCACUAGUGACUAUUGAGCCAGGGGAAUUGAAAAGAUGCAAUUGGAUCACAAAAAAUAGUGAUAAGCUGUACAUAGAAUUUCAUGAUGAAUGCUGGGGAGUUCCAGCUUAUGACGACAACAAAUUAUUUGAGCUGCUUGCAAUGUCUGGAUUGCUCAUGGACUACAAUUGGACAGAAAUUAUAAAAAGAAAGGAUCCACUCAGAGAAGUUUUUGCUGGAUUUGAUCCUUACUCUGUUGCCAAAAUGGAGGAAAAGGAAAUCAUAGAGAUAACAUCAAACAAAGCACUUUCUUUAGCAGAUAGCAGAGUUAUGUGCAUUGUUGACAAUGCCAAAUGCAUAAUGAAGGUUGUUAGGGAAUGUGGAUCAUUUAGUAGCUACAUAUGGGGUUUUGUAAAUCACAAACCAAUAAUUAACAAAUACAAAUACCCAAGAAAUGUCCCAUUAAGGAGUCCAAAAGCAGAGGCUCUAAGCAAGGACAUGGUAAAACGUGGGUUUAGGUUUGUGGGUCCAGUGAUUGUGCACUCUUUUAUGCAAGCUGCAGGAUUGACCCUUGAUCAUCUUGUUGAUUGUUAUAGACAUAGUGAAUGUGUGAGCCUAGCAGAAAGACCUUGGAGGCAUAUCUAAAAGAAACAUUGUUGAUUCAAUAUCACACAAUUUUCAAUUUUUUGUUUUCUAUUGCAAAGAAUUUCGAACGUUCAGAAAAGGAAAGACUACAACGACGUACAUAUAUACUCGACAGUCGACACAUCAACAUCUAACAAAUGAUUAAUCUAAGAGGGACGAGUCUCAAAAUAACAUAUGAAAACUCAAAGAUAUACCCGACACAUCAGCGUUCAAUUUAGUUUUGUAUAUGCAAUUACUCAAUUUUCCAAACAUAUGUCAAUCAAGUAAUAAUGACAUUAAUGUUGUACUUUGUAUAUUUGGGUUUUUUUUUCUCUCCUUUUCUUUAGAAGUGUACUUUUUUCCUCCAAUUUCCAACUCGUGUAUACUUUUCAUUUUUUUUUUGACAAAUGUAUAUUUUUCAUUUGUCAAGCCUUAUCUUGAGACCAUCAAUAAAUGACACGAAAAAGAAAGGGAAAAAAAAGUGCAAUGCUAUUUGUAACUACUUGUUUUAUUUUAUUUUUUGAUCAAGUUUGUAAUUUCUUGUUUAGUAUGAAUGUAAAUACGUAUCAUAAUGAGAAAGAUGUUAUGUUCAAA